UGUGGGGAAGGGGCAGGCAGUGCCCCGAAGAGGAGGGACUCAGGUGGCGGCGCGGUUUCAAAAGACCGAUGGCAGAUUCAUCCAGUGAUUCAGACAACUUUUUUAGGGCUCAAAUAGGAAGAUGGCCACCUUCGAGGAGGGCAUCCCACAACAGAGCUUGGAACUAUGGUGCUGAAGAAGUUACAGAGAAGAUUCAUACAUUAGCAAGCACUUUACAGGAUACCAACAGAAACCUGAGACACGUUGACCAUUUACUGGGGCAAUACAGAGAAUACAACAAGGAACAAACAGAAGCAAUAGCAACUUUAAAAGAAACAUUGGAACAGUCUAUAGAUCAGUUAAAGAGUCAACGAUUAACCCGAAAUUCUGGAAUGAGAAGUGCUUCUCUCUCAAGUUUAUACCCUAGUGAUUUGGAUGGAGAAACUGUGUCAGGGAUCCACCACUUUGUGCCUACUUCUCCUCUCAGGGAUUAUGGAGACUCACACGGCAAUAGACAUCGAAGGUCUAAAUCUGCAAGCGUUCGAUUUGUCAACGAGACUGAUAAUUUGAAUCAGCUGCAUUCUUUCCACCAGUCUCUUCGUGAUAUUAGUAGUGAACAAGUUCGUCUCGGAGAUGACAUCAGUCGGGAGCUUUCAAGAAGAGAUAGGGCUGAUGCAGAAAUGAGAGAGACUCUAGCGGCGUUGUCUGAAAAGCUCUCGGAGUCCAAAAAACAAGAAAUGGUAUCAGCACGUGUAGAGAGAAGACUUCAGGAGAUAGAACAAGAAAUGCGUGCUGAAAGACAGCUUAUAGAAAGGCGCCAGGACCAACUGGGACAGAUGUCUGUUCAAUUACAAGAGGCUUUAAAGAAGCAGGAUGCUAAAGCAGUGGAAACAGAAGAACUUGUGAAAAAUAAAGUUGUGAAAUAUGAAAGUGAAAAGAAACAACUUGAGCAAGAAUUGGAGCAGUCCCAGAAAAAGCUGAAUCGAUCAGAAAGCAAUAGAGAAGCUCUUUUGCAUCAGAUUGAAGAUCUUCGUUCCCAACUUUUGAGAGCAGAAGAAGAUCGUGCAGACUUGCAGCGUCAAAUUUCAAGUGUGGUUAUGCACCAUCAGAGCUCCCAGGAUGUGCGAGAAGAUGAAAGGAGAAUUAGAGCAGUAGCUGAAAGAUAUGAGAGAGAAAAGCAAGAACUGGAGAAACAUAUUUUGGAGCUUAAAGCAAAACUGACUCAUAACACAGCAAUGUCAGAGGUAGAAGAGCUAAAGAGACGCAUAGAGCAUAAGGACAAGGAGAAAGCACAGCUUGUAUUGCACAUAGAGGCAUUAACAUCUGACCUGGAAAACAGGAAGAAGCAGCAGCAAAAAAUGCUAGACCAGCUAAAAGAGAUACAGAGUUGCUAUAAGGCUAGUGAGAAUGGACGUAGGCAAACAGAACUCCACUCUGCUGAGUUAGCUCAUCAAGUUGAAGAGAGUACCAAGGAAGCAGAACGGUACCUUACUGAAUUCAAGCAUUCAGAGGCACUCAGGCUGGAAACUGAGAAAAGAAGAGAAGAUUUGAAGGUGAGAGCACAGGAAGCCAUCCGACAAUGGAAACUGAAGUGUAAGAAACUGGAUCGUGAGGUGGAAAAACAAAAUGAAGCUAUAAGUGAACUGAUGGAUAAAAAUAAUCAGGUCCUCAAGGAAAAAGAUGACCUCAGAAAUCAACUACUCUCUGCUAUACACCAAAUAGAAAACCUUCAGAAAGAGCUGGAUGAUGUACUUACAAAAAGAGCCCAGCAAGAAGAACAACUUCACUGCAAAGAGGUAAAACUAAACGAAAUGAAAUCUCAACAAAUAUCUUUGGAAGAAGAGAUAAAAGAAGUUCAAGGUACUGUAAAUAAAUUAGAGAAUGAGUUGAAAAAGCAAAUCUUUCUACAAAAUCAGAUGCGAGCUGAAAAGGAACAUUUGGAGCAAGAACUUGCAAGUAGUAACUCAAUUCAUGAAAAAGACCGGGAAAGACUCUUAGAAAUGCAAGCAGAUGUAAAAAAUCUGAGUGCUGUGCGUGUGGAGCUUACAAACAGAAUAGCAGAAGAAGAAAAAAUCAAAAAGGAAUUACAUAAGAGCCUCUCAGAACUCCAGAAACAUCAGGAAUCUAAGCAUGAAGAGAUGACUUCAGCUAAUAAACAGUUGAAGAUGGAAAGAGAAGUUCACCACCAGGAGUUAGCAGAUCUUCGAUUAGAGUUACAUAAUGCUAAAAUCAAACACGAACGAAACAUUCAAGACCUUACAAAAAUCCUUAAACAGGAAAAGGAUGAUGCAGACUCUCAGAUCAGAAUGCUAAAGAUGGAACUUGGAGAACAGAAGAGCAUAGUCAAGACUCAGAGUCAACAACUGGAGAAGAUAAAAAUAGAAUGUGAUAAAUUGACAAAAGAAUUAACCCAGUGUGAAGAAGAAAAUACAGAACUCAGGCGAAAAUUUGAGUUUGUAAAAGAAGAACUAGAGAAAAAAGAUAAACAGAUCAGCGAUGAAGAAGAUCAUUUGAGAAGGAUGAACAAGGCAAGACUGCAAUUUAAGGUUCAGCUGCAUCAUUUAGAAAUGGAAAAGGAAUCCAUUCUCACCAUGAUAGGAACUGAAAUUGAUGCUGCUUGUGAGAUUUUUUCUCGGGAUUCCAUGGAGAAAUUCAAAGCAAUAUCACUUACACCGACAGUGCUGAACGAUCCUCAUCGUUGGUUAGCAGAGACAAAGACUAAGCUGCAGUGGCUGUGUGAGGAGGUGAAGGAGAGAGAAAGUAAAGAAAAAAAGCUGCGACACUAUUUGCUGCAGAGCCAACAACAUCUCAAGCACUUUACACAGCUGAAGGAGUCUGAACAUCAGUCUCUCUUCAAAAAGAUAAAAAAGCAAGAACAACUUUUGGAAGAAGUUCACAGAGAGAGGAGAGGAGCAGUAAGAUCCUGCCAGCAUUUUCCACCUCCGCUUAUGGAGAACAUUGAUAGAGAACAUGCUUUGAUCUUUCAGGCUUGAAUGUUUCCAUUGUUGUCUUUCAUUUCAUUAUAGUGUUAUUUCCAAGACCCUGAUAUAAUAUUAAUACUGUUUUAGUGUUCUUUGAAUAAUUAUCUGCUAAGAUAAUCUCCCUCAGGCCUUAUCAUAAUUUUUAAUGUAAGUGCAUAGUAAUAUAAAGCAAAUCUUAUUUAGUUUUUAGUUUUCUUGUAUAUAUUUUCUUCAGAUUUUCUCAAAAAUUGAUAUCCUGUAUUUUAAUUUUAAGCUAUAAGCAAAGCUAUAAGUAAAUACUAAGCUGACAAGAACGGUCAAAAUUAGUGAUAUUCAAUAAGCAGAAAAGAUAGUACGUAAUCUUGUGCUUUCCAUUUAGAGAGAGCAUUCAUUUGUUCAUUGCAAUUGCACAAUCCAAACUGAGAGAUCAAGUGAGCUAACUUGCUUUGGCUGCUUUGAUAGAUUUUGGCUGCUUAUGGGGAAAUAACCAACAUGCUUGUAGGUAAAUUGAAACUACUUUAUCAAUUCAUUACUCUUGUUUUCUUGAUAUAAUUUGAUUCCAGAUUGUCUAAGAUGUUUCUGAAACUCUGAAACUUUGGUUUUGUGGUUUAUUGGUAUUGAGGUUUGUUUGUUUCUGUUUUGUUAUGUAGUUUUUGGACAAUGCCACAAAAUCUGUGUUGCAGGAUUGAAAAAGGGAAGCAGGAAUUUCCAUUUACAAAGCCAAUUUCACUUUAAGCAUAGUCUUCAUGAGUGCAAAUUUGAUUUAUUUAAUCGUACUCUAAUUUAAUUGGGUCUCAUAGGCAGUGAACUUCAUAAAUACAGUUUAAGUUAUGAUUUUGCCUAAUAGCAAUGUAUUUAUGUAGUUUUAGAUGCUGUAGUGACACAAGUGUUCCAGUAAAGAAGGUCUUCCACUUUUAAUAGUAUUCAGUGCUUUAGAACAAGCAUAUAGAGUGAAUAAUUAGAAACAUGGAAUUAAAAUACAACAGAGGUUUAUUACAGGUAAUCUGAAACCACCUUCGUGGUAUUUCUUUCAUUUCAUGAGGCAGCUGGUGGUUACUAGCUAACCAAUAAUUUGAUGGCAGCCUUUAUUACAUUCACCUAUGCAGGAAAUUAUUAAAUAAAAGAAAUAUUAAUUAGGGAAUGUGCUACUUUGAGGGACAGAUGGAUAGUUGAUGAAAGGGAUGGUUAGUCAGACCUCCUUCAUAGAUAUUGGUCUGUGGGCCAACCAUUUUUUAUCAUCAAUGAGUUUAGUAAGAAGAGUUAAUAAUAGGAUAUCAAAAUUUGGAGCCUUAGUAAAUUUGUUGAUACAUAGAGGAAGUGGAUCAUGAGAUCACUAUGUUUCUUUUACCUAGUGCCCCAGAACAGACAUUGCAUUUAUUGCUUUUUUGUACCAUUAUUUACAUCAAUUUUGAAUUUGAAUCACUGUGCCAUUGAUUUUUAAUAACAGUGCAUGUGAUAGUGUAUGCAAGAUUAAUGGACUUACCAUCUCAUGUGAAUUUAAUUUGCCUGCUUCAAAGUCUUGUAAGCAUAGCCUUCUUUUUUUUAAUUUGGGUGACUGACUUUCAUUCAACAAAUCAAUUACUUUAAGUUGGUAGAAGAUGAAUAACAGAAUUCACGUCAGUUAGUGCAAGAUCCAAGAGCAUGAUUUAUGAAGUGGUACAUUUAAAUGUUUAGAAAGUGUUUUUUCCUUUAACUAUGUUCCAAGACAAAGUAUGGCUAUUUAAAAUUCAAAUGCUCUUACAAAAAGCCCAGUUUUUAACUGUGAUGCAGCUAAUAGAGUGUAAACUUGUAGAUAUAAGUGACUUGGAAAAGAAAACUGGAAAAGCUAUUUUCCCAAAGGAAAAGGAGAACACUACUAAUACCAUAGAAAAGAUGUUAAAGAGAAAGCAAUGGUUAAAGAAUCCAAAUGAAGGAGAGAUGUUGGUUGCCUUUUGUUACUUAAAAUAAUGGAAGGAGUAGCUCACAAGGAGUACAAAGACAAUCAGUAGUGACAUUAUGGGUAAAGCCCAGAUGCAGGAGUAAUGCAAAUGAAUGAAGAAUGAAUUUACUCCAAUUAUUAAGAAGGUUCUCUGUUCUUUUUUGUUAGAACAGUUUUGAAUACAUAGUCUCUUGUCUUUUGCCUUCUUCACUAAAGCAUUUGUGAAGUGAGAGGGAGCAGAGAGGCAGACACUGAUUUCUCUGGUGACCAACGACAGAACUUGAGGGAAUGGCAUGAAACUGUGACAGAGGAUGUUCAAGUCGGUUAUCAGGAAAAGUUUGUCACCAAGAGAGUGGUCAGGCACUAAAACAUCCUCCCCAGCUAAGUGAUCAUGGCACUAAGUUUGCCAAAGUUAAAGAAGCAUCUGAACUAAGCUUUCAGACAUAUGGUGUGAUUUUUUUGAGUGGACUUGUGUAGAGCCAGGAGUUGGACUUGAUGAUCCUACUGGGUCCUGUCCAAUUUGGGAUAUUCUAUGAUCUCCUUAAUAACUAGGAGUUUUCUUGAUUUUGGGCUUUUGGCUCUGCUUUAUGAAUUUCUGUAGAAGUAUCAAAUUAGUGAAAGUUAAUAUUUGAGCCUGGGAGCACUAAUUGAUCUUACAGACUUAGAUCUCUUUAAAUUAGUAGUUGAUUUAAUGAAAAGUAAACAUCAGCUGUGUCUGUACAUCAAAAGGAUAAUGGCAAUAUUUUGGAAAAUGUACCCAAGCCUUUUAAAUCUUUUGCCAUAUUCAUUCAUUCCUUCUAAAGCAUACCUAAUGCAUAAACAAUAGUAAUUUACAUUUGUGUGUUUUAACUUCUUAAUUUCUGAUUAUGAAUGUUUUACUGAUGUAUUUUGCUAGCCUUAGCUCAUAUGAAUAGCUUCAACUGUUUGGGAGCUAUCAUCUUAGAAAAUAUUCUGUUUCUUUUAAAAAUUGUAUAUGUAUAUUUACUAGGCAAAUAGAAUUGACAGUAGAUUUCAGGCCUUGGUGCUCUCUGUCCUCUUGUGAUUUUUUUCCAUCUUAUCUUUUCUGAGAUUUCACUAGUUUUGGUCAAAUUUGUCAGUGUGCUGGAGUACUUAUAAUCUUGAAUUUGUUUCUGAAGGCAGCAAAUUCUGUAGAUGUCAUGUUGUUAAAUUAGGUGAUUAAAAGAAAAGGCAAUCUUUUUCUGGAACAUAAGCCUUCCAAGAAAAUCUUUCUUGGCAUAUGUUGAAAUGUGUAGAAGUUGGAAUUCCCAGGAAACUCUUUAAUAUAUGAUGGAUGCUUGUUUAAUUAAAUACUGUGCUGUAUUCCAGGAAAUAAAGCUGAGCCAAGGGCUCAAUGAUCCUCCCACCUGUUGUAAUUGUCAAAGUUGUUUUCAUCUAAAAUACAUGCAUGUUGAAAUUUGAGCAGAAAUCAUGACCUUGACCUUCUAAAAGCUUCAGUAUAGCAAAGCUUCUGUUUUUUAUGACAUUUUAAACCUUGCAUAUACGGUACAUUAUAUUAAAUACAUUUUUUUAAGUUAGAACUAAUGCUAUGUGUGUGCCUCAGAUUUGUCAAGCUAUGUUAGAAUAUACAUUUCAGUGAAGCCUGUUGAUUUGUUCAACAUCUUUUGUAUCCUUUCAGCUGACAUUCUCUUUAAAACUCUUUAUUCCCUAAAGUUAAUGUUAAUGAUAUUGCAUAUUUGGAGAACUGAAGUUUCAGUUCUAUUUCAAUAUGAAUAAUUUCUCUUUGAAUAGAGCUUUGGUCACCA